AUGGCUGCCGUCGCCGAAAACCUUCAGAUACCGGAAGAGCUUGACAAACUCUCGCAGCUCAUCGAAACUUCACCAGAGGUGCUUGCUACAGGGAGCAAGGAUCUUCAAAUCGCUGCACUAAACGCAACCAAAUAUGUGUUCGACCUCGCGUUGAAGUCGGAGGCGGCGUCGCGCAAGCACAUCGCAGAGCUGCUUACAUCCAUUAGUCCGGCGCAAGCUCCCAAAACCCGUUCACAGACGAAAGCGAUUGCCGACGGUCUUGCCAAUGGAGCGGCACCCGCUCUACCUUCAUUGAAGCUGGAACCAACCCCCUUGACAUCCCUGUUCGUCGAUGGCAUGCAUGAUGGACAGAUAUGGGCACAACUUGACCUACGGGCGAAGAACGUUUGCGCAACGUUGGAGCAUGCAUUGGAGGAUACCGUCAAGGACUUCGACGACGAGAGCUCUGGCCCGGAGGACGAUGAAGACGACGACGACGACGACGACGAAGGUAUGGAGGGGCUAGAGGGAAUGGGUGGCUUUGGGUUUAACGAAGAGGAUGAGGAGGAAGAGGACGAGAGUGAAGAAGAGGACUCGAUGAAGGAUGUAGGAGAGGAUGCCGAAGAACAAGUCACUGGACUGCGUGACCCCUCGGACGACAGCGACGAUGAGGAUGCUAUGGAUCUCGAUCGACCCUCUCGCAAAGGGACGCUUUGGGAUAAAAUUGCGCCCAAGUUGUCGGCACCAAAAUGGAAAUCAGGUGGACAUCCCGAGCUGGACGAUGGUUUCUUCAGCCUUGCGGAGUUCAAUGCCGAGACGGAGGAAACAGAAGCGAAGAAGGUCACAAAAGGCGGGUUAUCCAAGUCCACCGGGGACGACGAGACAGAUUCGGACGAGGAUUUGGAUGAGGACAUUGACUUAUUCGCACCCGUGGAUGACGCAGAGGGGUUGGACCCCGAGAUCGAGGAAGAGGUCGAGGAGCCUUACUAUAGGGACUUUUUCGAGCCACCCCCCCGAGAACCAAAAAAAUCCAAGCCUAAUGUCGGGUCGCCUCCGAAAGCUAGCAGAGUACGCUUUCACGACGAGGUUCGUGUGAAGAGCAUCAAAGCGAGGGGUAAAGGAUUGUCGGUUUCGGCGAUGAAUAUGACGGGCGAUGAUGAGGAUGAUGAUGAGGACUAUGCGGAGGACGGUGAUAAGCUCAUGGAGGACGAUAUGGGGGGCGACGGGUCCGGCGAUGAAUCGGAUGGUUCCAACGAAGACGAAGCAGAAGCAGAGGGUGAUAGCGACACGGAAGUAGCGACCAAUGAUGAAGACGAAGACGUUCGAGGCCGAGAUGCGAUCGAGAGACUGAAGGAUGACCUUUUUGCGGAAGAGGACGAGGACGAGACCAAAGCACUUUCCACUGGGACAGACCUCAGCACUCAUGAGAAGCGCAUGGAAGCUCUUCGGGCACAGAUAGCGGAACUGGAGGCCGAAAACGUGGGCAAAAAGGACUGGGUGCUCAUGGGUGAAGCAACCGCGCGAUCGCGACCACAGAACUCGCUAUUGGAGGAAGAUCUGGACUUUGAGCGUGUCAUGAAGGCUGUCCCAGUCGUCACAGAAAGCUCUGUUCAGGCACUUGAGGAUCGCAUCAAGGCACGCAUCCUCGAUAACAAUUUCGACGAUGUUGUCCGCCGGCGACCGGUCGAAGACAAGCCGUUCUUGCCCUCCAGGCUUAUUGAACUCCAGGACAAGAAAAGCAAACAGAGCUUAGCGGAGAUCUACGAAGAAGAAUAUGUAACUGCCGCUUCCGGGGUUGCAGCAGGUGACGACCGGGAUGGCAAGCUCAAGAAGGAGCACGAAGAGAUUGAGAAAAUGUGGGAUGGGAUAUGCUACAAGCUUGACGCGUUGUGUAACGCGCACUUCACUCCUAAGCUACCCAAGGCGACAAUUGAAACCGUAUCAAAUGUCGCUGCGGCAACCUUGGAGUCUGCGUUACCUACCACGAAAGCGACCACCACGAUGCUUGCUCCCGAGGAGGUGUUCGCGCCGUCUUCAUCAGAUGUCAGAGCACGCAGUGAACUGACACCUGCCGAAAAACGCUCUUUGCACAACAAGCAAAAGAAGGCGAAGAAGCAGGCCCGCGACGCUCUCGAAAGACGCGUUGGGAAAGUCGCGCAGAUGAAUACAGGUUCAAAACACCCCUCGUCGGUGAAGAAGCAGAAGGAGGAGGCGUUGAAAAGUGUGGUUAAGAGCGGGAAAGGCGUCACGGUUAUCGGAAAGAAAAGCAAACAAACGGAAGGCAAAAAGCGCAAGGAGACUUAG